AUGACGAUCCAUCGAGUUUCGGUGCUCCUCAGUCCUGGAAAAGCACCCGCCUGGUUCAGCGACACCAAACUUUUUGUGUAUUGCUCAGCUUUAGUAACCGGGCUUCUUAUCAGUUUGCUGAUACCGUACUACUCUACAUGCUACGUCAAUUUCAACGCAUUGACAAGUCUACAUGAAACUGCAUGUGCUCCAAACAAGCAUCCGAUCACAAGAUUCCAAAAUCUGUACCUCAUCUGGGUUCCUGGAGCGUCCAAACCAAGAAAAAGAGACGGUAGUUGA